GGCAAUUCCAUCCCAAUUCCACGCCGGCCUCACCUACGCAUCGACUCGCCCCUUUGUUAACAUGCCCUACUCCGUGGGAUCAAACCACGAUGAGUGCUUGGAUCAUUGUGAACUCCUAGCAGGGAGAUUGAAGGUCUCUGUCAUCACUGCCAACAUUGCAAAUGGAAUUACUCGACACCCAGAACUUCGCCAAGAACCUUGAGCUUGUGGACAAGGUCAAGGCAAUCGCUGAGAAGAAGGGCGUUACGCCCGCGCAGCUCGCAUUGGCUUGGAUCAGGUCCUAUGCCAACACGGGAGAUGUCAAUGGUCUGAUCCCCAUCCCGGGCGCUACGAGCGCGAGUCGUGUCGUUGAGAACUGUAUGUAAGGUGGUGGAAAUCAGUCAGUCGUUCCCCGUUGCUGGCCACCGCCAGAUUCCUGGUGCUGACCACUUCAUCUGGACUUAACUGUUCCCUCGUGGAGAGUAUUAGACUUAUUGAGUUGUUUUAGCACGAACUGGGUGUACAUUCCAGCAAAAUGUGACCAAGUUAGGUUCCUUAUCACGUUUAUUCGCGCUACAUAAUCUGCUUCCUCAAAGAACAGGAUAGGAGGUUAAUUCAUGUUGGUUGAGUAGGUCGUCUGCCAGUUUGUGAUCCAACUUCAUAAGACCCGGCCCUAGAGGUCGACAUGGUCAGUACAAGGGAGCACUUUUAAUUCCGCUGAG